CACCAAGCACCUGUUGCCUCUCUCUCUCUCUCUAGCUGCGUCACUCAGGACUGUAAAGCUGUAGCUACUAUUACUGUGCGUGUACUCUACUGUCCUGUGGACUCUGGAUACUAUUGCAGACUACGUCUUCAGAGAUACUCUGCCAGAGAAUAACUAUGGCUCUCUCACUGAGCUCUAUCCUGUCUCUCACCAUCAUAACACUCUGUGUGCUCCUGCAGGAGGGUUUUGGGCUCCCUGUAUCCAGCCAGCCUGAGCUCCCUGCCCAGUCACCCUCCCAGAACAGCCCACACCACACCAGGGUUAAACGAUGCUCCUGCAGUAACUGGCUGGACAACGAAUGCAUCUACUUCUGUCACCUGGACAUCAUUUGGGUCAACACUCCCAAUAAGGUCAUCCCCUACGGUCUUGGCAGCCCCCUGUCCCGACGUCGCCGCUCCACCGGGCGAUGUGAAUGUGCCCACCCAGCCGACAGGACCUGCUCUGGAUUCUGCCACAACAGCUCAGAGAACCCCAGGUUCGUAGUGGUAAGCCCCUCAGACCAGACCCUGGAACAGACUGUUAGCAGUCCAGACACAACCAGCAACGACCUACUGACCUCUCUCAGAAACACGGUCCGAUCCAACAUGGCUGCCAUAGAGCAGGCUGCUCCCUCCAGGAGGAAGAACGCGUCCAGAGCCAACAGACUGAACAUCGGGUAGAUGAGGAGGGAGGAAGAGGAGCUGAAAGAGGAGCUUUAAGAGCUCCAGAGCAUCCGAACAAAGACCCCCUGGAGGAAACUAGGGAGUCCUCCCCAGGGAAGACAUAGAAGAGAGGAGGGUCUCCUAAGAGGAGAGACCCUGAGAAGAGGGCAAAGAUGGAACACUGGCUGCCCACUGAUUGUUGUAUAACACCCAGUAGACUGGAUAUGGACAUUAUCUGGAUAUGCGUCUUGGACUAAUCUGGCAAAGAGUCCGAUUCGGAAGACUAGGGAGGAUCAAGUGUGUCCUCUGUGAACUGUGACAGUCUGGACUAGGAUGGUUACUGACUGUUUGCUGGUCAUGGGUUGUCUUCAUGUCCCAAACAUAAAUACACUUUCUGUGUCUGAGCACCUGAAAUUGGUGGAUGCAAGCCAAGGCAUUCUGGAGUGAUGUUAGUCUAUGUUUACUUUACAGGCUUACUUCAUUAGUGCCUUGAAAAUAUUGACCACUAUUCUCAUUUGGAUUUUUAUCCUUACUUUACCUGUCACACGACAUCUACUAUAUCAUAGAAUAAAACAUAAAAGAAGAUUGUUCCUCUGUAUCAGAGAUGUAUCGCCAGUUUAUAGUGAUUGCCAUGCAUGCAUUUAAAAUACUUGAAAUAUUUUUGGCACAUGAGGGACAUUACUUUAAGGGACAGGGAAUUACUACACACACACAGCCUUCCUGUAGCAGCAGAUAAAAGCAGGUCUAUUGUGGUGGCGGAAGUAUUUAUUGCAUAGCCACUGUUGAAUGUUUUGAUUGUAGACGGAGCCAAGGCAGCAGAUUUCAAUGGGUCUGCUCCUUGCCAAAUAUGCAGUGACUGUUUUUCUGCUUUCAACAAAUAUCCAUUAAUGUCCAUGUUAUUACACAUUGGGAAAUUAGGACACUGCACUUCUGUUCUAAUGCCGUCAAAGGAAUGUGUUUUUAUGUCCAGUAGACUUUAGAUGGAUUGGACUGACCAUAAGGCAUUUACUGGAAACACUACAUCGAAAAACAAGUCUUCCACUGAUGUUCAAGUCCAAUAUCACAAUGCUGUAUAUUUAUGAUAUGAUUAUUUAUUUAUUUGUUUGUGUUUUGUUUAGGAAUUUGUGUAUCAAAAUGCUGGACUGCGCUUUUGUUUGACGUACUGUUGUUGUCUCUAGAAGGACAAUUCACCCACAAUAGUCUAUUUAGCAGUCAAAUACACUAUAGGACGUUGAAAGAAAUGUUUACUUACGAAUUGUUCUAUUCCAAGCUAUUCAUAUUAUCUAUUAUCAACAAUUAUUUAUUUAACUUAUUUUUGGCAUAUAUUUAUAUAUUUGUGUUGUGUGAGUUUAUCACUUUUAAUGUGUGAUGAAAUAAAUACUAAAAUGAAUGCU